AUGACUGAUGGCGAGGGGAGAGCGCGCUUUCAGUACGCCGAGUGCCCGGAGGGGCAGGAGCAGCCGGAGGAGGUGCAGGAGGAGGUGAGGCUCGCUAUACCGACGCCCUACAGGAAGGACGCCCCGGGUCACGAUGUUGACCCCGGAGGAGGAGGAGGAGGAGGAGGAGAAGGAGGCCACGAUGGGGAGGAAGAGGAGGAGGUGGAGAGGAGGAGGAGAGGCAGCGGUGAUGGAGGAGACUGGAGCCCUGAGGUUCAGGAGCAUGAGGACCAGGAGCCGGAGCUGGAGGUGGAAGUUGGACCGACACUUGGAGUUCGCAUCACGGCUCCUAUUCGCGAUCCAGACUGUGUCUCCGAGGAAGAGGAGCAGCAGCCAUGGCCGGCCCUGGCCCCCGUGGCCUUCUUCUGCUUAAAGCAAACAACAAGGCCUCGCAACUGGUGUCUUCGCUUCGUCUGUAACCCAUGGUUCGAGCAUGUGUCUAUGCUGGUGAUCCUGCUCAACUGCGUGACUCUGGGGAUGUUCCAGCCCUGUGAAGACGUCAGCUGCCAGUCAGAGUGGUGCCGCAUCCUACAGGUAUUAGACGACUGCAUCUUUGCUUUCUUCGCUGUGGAGAUGGUCAUCAAGAUGGUGGCCCUGGGAAUUUUUGGCCCAAACUGUUACCUUGGUGACAAGUGGAACCAGCUUGACUUCGUCAUCGUCAUGGCAGGGGUGUUGGAGUAUUCACUGGACGGCCAUAACGCCAGUCUGUCAGCCAUCCGUACCGUCCGAGUACUCAGGCCACUGCGGGCCAUCAACAGAGUACCAAGUAUGCGGAUCUUGGUUACACUGCUGUUGGACACCCUCCCAAUGCUGGGAAACGUCCUUCUCCUCUGCUUCUUCGUCUUUUUCAUCUUUGGCAUCGUCGGGGUCCAGCUGUGGGCGGGGCUACUGCGCAACCGCUGCUUCCUGGGAGAGGACAUCAGAACGAUGUACAACUUGUCCAUAAGUGCUUACUACAUGACAGAGGAAGGCGAAGACAGCCCCUUUAUCUGCUCGGCUCCCCGCGAGAACGGGAUGUUGCGCUGCCACGACGUGCCACCCACCGACGAGGGCGGGAGCACGUGCUCAAUGCUCCCUUCCCAAAGUUUAGCCCUGACCGGAUCGGCCAACAGCUGCAUUAACUGGAACCAUUACUACAACGUGUGUCAGCCCGGGGACCAUAACCCUCACAAGGGAGCUGUCAACUUUGACAAUAUCGGCUACGCCUGGAUAGCCAUAUUCCAGGUCAUCACACUGGAAGGAUGGGUAGAUAUCAUGUACUAUGUCAUGGACGCUCACUCCUUCUACAAUUUUAUAUAUUUUAUACUGCUCAUUAUCGUGGGCUCUUUCUUCAUGAUCAACUUGUGCCUCGUGGUCAUCGCCACCCAGUUCUCUGAAACGAAGCAGAGAGAGAACGCCCUGAUGAGGGAGCAGCGCGCCCGCUACAUGUCCAACGACUCCACGCUCGCCAGCUACAGCGAACCGGGCUCGUGCUACGAGGAGAUGCUACGCUACAUCAGUCACCUUUAUCGCAAGUUCACACGCAGACUGCAGAGGAUAUACUCUGGAUGGCACAGUAAAAGGCGUAAAAAGGUUAAUCCAAAUGGCAGCGGCGGAGGCAGUAACGGCGGGGGUAACGGCCACGGCCACGGGUCCAGCAGGGGCUGCGGAGGCCCGGGCAGCGCCAUGUGGUUGAGACCGAUCCAUAACCUCCUGCAGCACCAUCAGCACCAGCACUGUCGCCUCAGCAACGGGGGCCAGCACAGCAUCAGCGUGGUGACGACCGAGCACACGGACAGAGAAGAGGGGGUUGGAGGAGGAGAGGAGCUGGAGAUGAAGUCACUUCCUGUCCGGAGGGGAAGCACAAACGGGAAUGGCGCUGGUGGCGGCGGCCCGUCCGUCGUCACCCAGAACAUGGGGGCGUUGCUCGGGCGACUGAACGGAGGGAUGAACUACCCGACGAUUCUGCCGUCGUUCGUGUGCAGCUACAGCAGCAAGACGCCGCCCCCCCACUCCCAGCAGUGUGGGCCCAGUCCGGAGCAGCAUCCGCCAAACCACCCAGCGUCUGAACACACAGAGACGCUGAACAAGCUCUACCAGCUCAUGGGACAGCACAGACGCCAGAGGCUGCUGUACCAGCUGGCAGGCGUGGUGCCCAGCCCUCUGCUCCUGGAGCUGCUCAGCUGCCCUAUGUGUGCCCGUAGCCUGGAGACUUUGGAGCUGGAGCUGGGAGACCUGGAGGGAGGCAGGGGAGAGGCUGACGGACUGCACGACUUCCCCCAGGGUGGAGAGCUGAGAUCUGGGAGAGGUCGCAGGCGACGGGGGGUCAGGGAGUACAAAAACGGAGUGGUUCGGGCGUGGAUGGGCUUCAGGGAAAAGCUGAAGAGGAUUGUGGAAAGUAAAUACUUCAACCGAGGGAUCAUGAUCGCAAUCCUCGUCAACACUCUCAGCAUGGGGAUAGAGUACCACCAGCAGCCUGAGGAGUUGACCGAUGUGUUAGAGAUCAGUAACAUCGUUUUCACCAGCAUGUUUGUCCUGGAGAUGGGCUUCAUGCUGCUGGCCUUUGGCUUGUUUGGAUACAUCAGGAACCCAUACAACAUAUUCGACAGCAUCAUUGUAAUCAUCAGUGUGUGGGAGAUAAUCGGUCAAGCAGACGGUGGGCUUUCAGUCCUGAGAACAUUUCGUCUGCUGCGGGUUCUGAAGCUGGUCCGCUUUCUGCCCGCCCUGAGGAGACAGCUGGUGGUGCUGAUGAAGACCAUGGACAAUGUGGCCACAUUCUGCAUGCUGCUGAUGCUUUUCAUAUUUACUUUCAGUAUACUGGGCAUGCAUCUGUUUGGCUGUAAAUUCAGUCUCAAGAUGGAGAACGGAGACACCAUCCCUGACCGCAAGAACUUUGACACUCUGCUCUGGGCCAUCGUCACUGUAUUCCAGAUUCUUACCCAGGAGGACUGGAAUGUGGUGUUGUAUAACGGCAUGGCCUCCACCUCUCCGUGGGCGGCGCUCUACUUUGUCGCUCUCAUGACAUUUGGCAACUAUGUGCUCUUCAAUUUACUUGUUGCCAUCUUGGUUGAGGGCUUCCAGGCCGAGGGUGAUGCUAAUCGGUCGGAGUCGGAUGAUGAGAAGAAAUCGGACAACUCUGAGGAGGACGAGAAGGUGGAACAGCUCAGAGACAAUGAGCUCAAAAUGUACUCUCUAAUGAUGACAGCCAACGGUCACAUUGACCCUCGUGGCACGAUGGCUCCUCCUAUUAUAAUGCGCACGGCCGCCACGCCCAUGCCCACACCGAAGAGCUCCCUGGGACCCGAGUCUAUCCUCGGAGACGACCUCAUGUACAGAGAGGGGGUGCCUCAGUACAGCGAGGCGGGCCUGGGCUUUUCUGAAGCAGGCAUGGGUCACUCAGAGUCUCGCCGUGGAAGCGCCACUUCCAUCGAGCCUAUAGCCUUUGACCAGCGUUCUCUGAGCCUCUCAAGUCCUGGCCGGCGAUCCCCUCUUCCUCCCCGCUCGUGGGGCAGCCGCCGCUCCAGCUGGAACAGCCUGGGAAGAGCCCCGAGCCUGAAGAGGCGAGACACAAGCGGCGAGAGGGAGAGCCUGCUGUCUGGGGAGGGAGGCGAGGAGGAGGACAGCGGGGAGGACAAGGGGGAGGCCGGGGGGAAUAACAGACUGCGGUCGGAGCCCCUGGAGCUGCUGCAGGCGUCGACUCUCUGCCCUUCCAUAAUAGCCGAGUACGGUGACUGCAACGGGAGGACCCUGACCUUUGACCCCAACGUCACCGCAGACCCCAAGGACGACUCGUCUCCUGAGGACGACACGGAUGAUGACAGUUCUGUGUGCUACUGGAUGAAGAAAGAGCUCAAUAACAUGAAGCCCCGCUGGUGCAAAGAACACGAAGACUGGACACUGUAUUUGUUCUCUCCAGAGAGCCGAUGCCGCGCGUGGUGCCAAAGCGUGAUCUCUCACAAAUUGUUCGACCACGUGGUCCUGGUUUUCAUCUUCCUAAACUGCAUCACCAUCGCUCUGGAACGACCCGAUAUAGAGCCGAAGAGCCCGGAGCGAAAGUUUCUGAGUGUGUCCAACUACGUUUUCACUGUGAUCUUCCUGGCAGAGAUGGCCAUUAAGGUCGUAGCUCUCGGCUUCUGCUUUGGGAAGCAGACAUACCUCCAGUCCAGCUGGAAUGUUCUGGAUGGUGUGUUGGUGUUCGUGUCUCUGGUCGACAUUCUGGUCUCUCUGGCCUACACUGGCGGAAACAGGAUCCUGGGCAUCCUCCGAGUCCUACGCCUGCUUCGAACACUACGCCCACUGAGGGUCAUCAGCCGAGCCCCGGGAUUGAAGCUGGUUGUGGAGACGCUCAUCACCUCCCUGAGACCCAUCGGGAACAUUGUGCUUAUCUGCUGCGCCUUCUUCAUCGUCUUUGGCAUCUUGGGGGUGCAGCUGUUCAAAGGGAAGUUCUACCACUGUGAAGGCCUGGACACGAAAAACAUCACCAACAAGUCCGACUGUCUGCAGGCCAGCUAUCGCUGGAUACGGAGGAAGUACAACUUUGACAACCUCAUCCAGGCUCUGAUGUCUCUGUUCGUGCUGUCCUGUAAGGACGGCUGGGUCAACAUCAUGUACGACGGACUGGAUGCGGUGGGAGUGGACCAACAGCCUGUGAGGAACCACAACCCCUGGAUGCUGCUCUACUUCAUCUCCUUCCUGCUCAUCGUCAGCUUCUUCGUCCUCAACAUGUUCGUCGGCGUCGUUGUGGAGAACUUCCACAAGUGCCGGCAGGACCAGGAGGAGGAGGAGGCCCGCUUACGGGAGGAGAAGAGGCUCAAAAUGAUAGAGAAAAAGCGCAGGAGUAAGGAGAAUGGAGGGGCUGAGGCCAAGCAGAGGCCCUACUACGCCGACUACUCCCCCCUGCGCCUGUCCAUCCACACACUGUGCACCAGCCACUACCUGGACCUCUUCAUCACCUUCAUCAUCUGCAUCAACGUCUUCACCAUGAGCAUCGAGCACUACAGUCAGCCGCAGUAUUUAGAGGAGAUUCUCAAGUACUGCAACUACGUGUUCACCUUCAUCUUCGUCAUUGAGGCGAUUCUCAAACUCGCAGCGUUCGGCAUACGCAGGUUCUUCAAAGACAGGUGGAAUCAGCUGGAUAUAGCGAUAGUGGCGUUGUCCAUCAUGGGCAUCAUCCUGGAGGAGCUGAAGAUGAGCGCAGCCCUGCCCAUAAACCCCACCAUCAUCAGGAUCAUGAGAGUGCUCCGGAUAGCACGAGUGCUGAAACUCCUGAAGAUGGCCACAGGGAUGAGGGCUCUGCUGGAUACCGUCAUGCAAGCGCUGCCGCAGGUGGGAAAUCUCGGUCUCCUCUUCAUGCUGCUCUUCUUCAUCUACGCUGCGCUGGGAGUGGAGCUCUUCGGCAAACUGGAGUGCAAUGACAAGAACCCGUGUGAGGGUCUGAGUCGUCACGCGACCUUCGCCAAUUUUGGGAUGGCCUUCCUCACACUGUUUCGAGUGUCCACUGGAGACAACUGGAAUGGGAUUAUGAAAGACACGUUACGGGACUGUCAGCCAGAGGACCACUGUCUCUCCUACCUGCCACUGGUCUCUCCGAUUUACUUUGUCACGUUUGUGCUCAUGGCCCAGUUUGUGCUGGUCAACGUGGUGGUGGCUGUUCUGAUGAAACAUCUAGAGGAGAGCAACAAGGAGGCCAAAGAGGAUGCUGAGAUGGAUGCAGAAAUCGCCUUGGAGAUGGCGAUGGAGAGGCAGCGCAAAUUAAGCACAACCUCCAACAACAGUUCAGUGGGAGGGACCUACGUUGGACCAUGUCCAAAUUCACCUGGACAGGAAGAAGAGGUGCAGUACGGUGACCAGAACCUGCUGUCGCCAAGGAAGAUGUCUGUAUCCAGGAUGCACUCUCUGCCUAACGACAGCUACAUGUUCAGACCUGUACGGCCCGCCAGCGCCCCCUACCCUUUGGAGGAGAUAGAUCUCAGUCCCCAGCACCAGCAUUCAGGCUCAGUGACGUCGGUCCACUCCCAGCCAUGUGACAGUCGUGCGCUGCUGCAGGUACCAGACGUUUCCCCCAGUCACCCCCGGACACCUCCCACCAUCACCCUGCCCCGCAUUGCCCCGCCCACGCCCAGCCCCUCCCCACGGGCCCUGCGCAGACAGGUGGCACUUAAAUUGGAUUCCGUGGUGUCUCAUGGUUGUGAGCAACAGGAGAGGCCCAGCCCCCUCCAUCUGCCUCCCCCCUCCCCUUCCCCCCUCCCUCUUCACACCUCGCCCCCAUCUCCCCUGCCUCCUCCUCCCUCCUCCCCAUCUGCAGUCUCUCUCCCACCUUGCUCCCCAUCCGCCUUCCCACUCCCUCCUCCCUCUCCCCUCCCUCCUCCGCCGUCCUCCCCCUCGCUCCUCCUCCCACCCCCUCCCUCGCCCCGCCUCCCCCUGCGCCCCCCCAGCCUUCGGAGGCCGAGGCCGCCCUCCGCCGCGUCCUUCUGUGACCCAGCGGAUGAGGAGGUGUAUCACAUCACCAGCUCAGCCCAGCACAGGUGGAGGGACAAGGAGGGGGGAGGGCAGGAGAGCAGAGGGAAGACCAGCCGCAGCCACUCCCUCUCCCCCUACAACUCCCCAUACUCUCACGACUCUGCCUCCUCACCUCUUCCUCCCCCGCUGCCACCUUCCUCCUCGAGGAGCGCACUCAGUCUGCUCGGGGUGGGAUUGAAGGACCGGGACUUCAGGAAGGGUUUGAGCCCUGACAGCGAGGGCUUCCAGGACAAGCCGACAUCAUUGUCCGCCGGUUACCCUGAUGACCAGCGGCGCCACUCUAUCGAGGUCUGCCUCCCGCAGGCUGUCAUCACGGGUGACGACCAACGCUUCGCACGAGAUGCUCACCGCUCGGAAAAGGUCAGUCAGGCAUUUCCCUUGAGGGUGCAGUCAGUCGGGGGCGGUCACAGGAAGAAGAAGAUGAGUCCCCCUUGUAUAUCCAUCCACCCGCCCUCAGAGAGGGAACACCCUCACAUUGCUUCACCUCCAAAACUGGCUGACUGCAGCAUGAUGCUGAGACGCAGGACGCCGUCCUAUGACUUGACCCAGCACACAAACACACAAGACGUCGCGCAGAUGCAUUCCCCGAUGCACACGCCGCUCACACCCAUCCACGUACCGCUGCAAGCACACUCGCCGACACACACGCUGACACCCUCCCGGGCAUCCACUCCGACACACACUCCUGCGUACACUCCUCCAUCUGCAUCCACACCCACGCACCCACGCAUCCCGAUCAGCCCGAACAUCUUCAUCCAGCCUCACGCACCUCUUCUCCCGCACGCAAUGCCUUUCUCACAGACACACUCCCUCUCCCCCGCCGCGAGGCGCUCCCCUCUCACAGGUGACUACAUGCCCCUCCCCCAGUUCACCUUCGACCAACCACAGUCCAGAUACAUGAGUGGCAUAUCAGACGCUGACACGGCCACCUGCUCUUCCCCUUUCGACAACAGACUAGGAAGCAGUGCGGGAUUCAGUGCAAAGAAUCGGAGGACUGCCCAAUGAAAGUCGAGCAUUGCCUUCAAGAAGUGAAUCGAUUGGUCAAAAAUCUCUGAAACUGGAGCAGAGGGCCGACCUCAGCAGAGAUUGGUGCUGGGGAGAAAAUAAGGAGAAGUUUACGGGGAGAGGGAAUUUUUUUUUUUUUUUUUUUUUAAUUUUUGGUUUUGUUUAGAUGAACACUGAAGACACAUUAUUCUUUCCAGAGAGAAGCUGGUACAGUCCGGUCCGAGAGUAACAGACAAUGGAUCAAUUUUUUCCUAAACCCAGUUUGAAGGACAGCAGAUCCACCGAGGCUGUACCAGUCAAACAGUACCCACUGUACAUGGUGUGUACAGGACUUCUACUGAGAACACACCAGGACUAAAGCCACCUAACUCCGUAGCCAAAGUUUUUUUGACACACCAUCCCCACCCACGCGAGCCAAUCAGGAAGCAGCGUCUGGCUGAUAACCUCUGACCUUUUACAGGAAAGCGGUUUGUGAAAUGCGAGCGUGGGGGGAAUUGUGGGAUAUGCAACUUCAGGUUUUCUACAGAAGUUCUGCUUGCCCCCUCCUCUGCUCCUCGAUCACAUUGAUCGGAGCAGAAGCGUGUGCGUGCGUGUGUGAGUGAGCGUGUCUGCGUUUUUUCCUACGUGCGAGUACUGUCAAAUCUGUUGUCAUGGAAGUUGGCCAUGUUAUUCUUACGCCUGCAACGACAGAGAGGGGGAGCAGGGCCGAGCUGUAGUGUAUGUUUAUCUGUGUAUCUGUGCAGUGUAAAUAAAGGAAAAUACUGUAUUUGGUGAGAUUAAAAAUAGCUCUAUCCAUAUGCACAUAUUUUUAUAGAGAUCUAACAUGUUUUUUGCACACAAAUUUGAAUUUCAAGUUGCUUGUUUGAUUUCCUCUGUUGUCCUCUUGUGAAUGUACGUUUUUUUUUUUUUUCAAAACGGAGGGAGAGCGGGUGAAGGAGAUCAAGCCCUCCUCUCAACGGGCUAGCUGAGGUUGAGGAGUGGGAUUUUAUUUUUCUAUUUUGAAAAAGAGAGAGAAAGAGACGAGAACAGGGGUGUGACGUGUUUCUGUAGCUUUGUCUCAGAUUUCUAUGUGUUUGAUGUCUAUGUGACAGUCUUAAGAAGCGGGCUCAGUGAUGCAAGCCAAAUUUGUUUCCCCCUCCGCGCUGAUGUCCCUGCGGAAGAGCACAGUUGAUAACAAACGUGUGCGCUGUCUCUUUAAAAAGCUGAAUCUACUGUUAUGCAGGUUUUUGCCUUCACAGUACGUGCAACACAGGAAAAAACUACUGUACCUCAAUUUAUUUAAUUGUCCAAAGAAAUACAUUUGAAUAACUUUCAAGCGGCGUAAUAUCUCUAAAUACAAGAUGAGUCCAGCGUUGUGACCUGCCAUCACUGAGCCCCCCCUUCUACAGCUGUUUUCAAGCUGGAUCAGCUCUGACACCACUUUGUGUUCUGUACAUCUAAAGACAACCAAACUAACUAACUUACUAAAUAUGUGUAGCCAGAGUGCAAUAAUAAUAAUAAUAUAUACUUGUGAAGAAUAUAGUAACAUCCACACUACAUAAAACAACCACAUUCUUGUGUUCGUACAUACUGUAGAGCUACUAUAUAUGAUAUAAAUGAUAUAAAUCCAUUUUAUAUGACGAUUGAGAGUAUUUCUAUCUCUAGUGUUCAUGCUACUGUAGGUACCUUGCUGCCCCCCCCCCCCCUGCGCGUGGCCGCGGUGGCAUGGGUGUGGCUGGAAGCAGUGUUAGGUAUAGUGUAGAUUUCUCUAAAAAGCUCAGGCCCGCCCGCUGGUGUUGUGACUGCGAGCAGAAGAGUGACAUGCAUCCCUGCAGAGGACUCAAUAGGCCGUUCAUCACUCCUUAAUCUUAUCGCAUAAGACGACACACAUAUGGUGGAUCAGUUAUGUAAAACGAGCCUAUACACAGAUGGAAUCAUGCAAGGAGACCUCCCCCCCACCAUCCCCGAGGUGUGAAUGAUGAUGAUUUUUUUCCUUCUGCUGGCUUACCAUGCCAUACCUUUAUUCUGACACAGCACAAGGUGUAUUUGUUCUCUUUCGUGCACAGUCUGGUUACACAACAGGAAACGUGCUGGUAAGCUACUUCUUCAAUCCCCUAUUUAAAGGCAGCUGGCUGGGAAUGGCAUCUUUGCCUUUGUUCCGCUCAGCAUGUGACAUGCACACCUCCUCAGUAACAUGAGUGAAAACCAAAGUGCUUUGAUGCUGUACUGUAUUCAACACAGGCCCAGGAUUACACGUUUGUGCAAUGACAAACUUUAUCUUUGUGAGUAUUUGUGAUGCAUUAACUGUGUGAGAAAGGGUUUCUGGAGGUCGGUGAAUAUCUGAAAUACUAUUAAGCCAGUUUGUUAACAGGUAAAGCCCCAAACUUUUUUAAUGUGGGCAUCCCUCCGCACUUGAAUUUAAAAGUGUUUAAAAGUGUUAUUGAUGACAGUCACUAAAUGUGGCGUUCGAUCUCUCCCUCUUCCGUUGCAUUCACGUCAGAUCACUGCUGUCGUAUGAAUCAGUAGCCCCCCUCAAGCGGUUGCCAGGUUGUGAGCUAGCUAACGAUGCUAACACUAGCUGGCAAACAUUGGCGAUCAUUGCUAAUGCUAGCUACCAAAUACACAUACAGACUUAAAGGCAUACAAAAAAAAAAAAAGAAAAAACGGAUUCUCACUCAUUAAACAUCAAAAAAAUAAUAUGACUAUGCAAAUAAUGGAUUGGGUUCCAGUCUAUUUGUGAUGUCAAAUAAUGCUCAUAGCCAUGCCCCCUUUUAAUGAUUGAGAAAAAUUGUCCUGUUCCUUAACGGAUGUGAAUGCAGCCUUCUAGUGUCAAACUCUGUUCAUAGAUCGUUCUACACAAUGAAGCUCAAACAUUUAACUGUAGGAACAAAGAUAACACAUUUUUGACUGGAGGUUGGGCUUUAAAAUGUUUAUGGUCACUGUGCUAAUACCUUGCAGUAAAAGCUGCCGAUGCCUGCAGAAACCCUUUUUUAGCGCAAGGUCAGUGAUGAAAAGCAAGAGGUCCAGAUUAUCAUAGAUUAUUAUCAGAUUAUCAUUAUCCUUCAACACUCUCAUCAUCUUUAUGUCUCCCGAGCAGUAUGCAUGUACGGGGGAAAAUCGUGAGGUAGAGCAUAAGAAAAGAAAGAAACGUUUAUCUGUUUGCAAAGGUUUGCAUCUCGCAAAGACAGAUUGAGGAGCUCUCGGAGCACAGAUCACAAUUUGAAAAAUGCUGCUGCUGACGAACACAGCUGCCGCCGGCGUGUUCGUCCUUUGAUAGCUCUCUUCUUCCAGUUCUGACAUACAGAAGCACAUCUGAUGUUGGAUGUCGUCCUCCCUCCUGUACAUGGCACAGUCGCCGGCUCCCAUGGUUUAAACAGAGUUUUGAUACAGUAUGUGCUUGAACACACUGUUAUUGUGCAACUGCUUUGUCCUGUUUCAUGUCCUCUUCCUGCACAGAUUGUCAGCAACGGGAGGUUUUAAGUUGUCUGAAGACAGCCUCUUUCUGUCUCGCUCUUCUUUGACUCAGUGCAGACGACCCCGAUCUACCGCAUAUUGCCAUAUUAAUCGACACAGUUUGGUAGCGUGACUGCAUAAUUGUUCUUACGAUUUACAGAUCUUUGGAUCUCAGUAUUUAAAUCCUGUUUUUGAGGAAACAGUUUUGACUAUUGCAUGUUCUGAUUUAAGAAAAAAAAGAAACUCUUUUGGGAACGAAUCAUCUGGAUGUUUUAGAGAUUUUGAUAUUUGCAUUUUCAGAUGUUUCCAUUUGUAGAUUGACUACCUAAUUGCACUGGGCUCUGGUUAAUUGGUAUCUGAUAAAAUACUAAUUAAAUGACCCUAUUCUUUGUUGUCCAAUGCAAUACCGGGUGGUUAUUUACUGUAUGAGGACAGAGCUCCUCUUUAUACAGUUUUAUAGAGAGAAGUGGAAACCUAGUUGGUUCUAUUUUGUUCAGAACCAAUGUUAUUUAAUGUUGAGGUGAACCUUUUUUCACUUUAUCUCCUGAUACUCUAAACAUGGUAGAACUCUGGUAUUGGUGAAACUAAUUAACUGAUGUAUAUUUUAUGUAGGAGUAGCCUCAGCCCUGAUGCUCUGUAAUGGACAGAUGAAGAUAGUAAUAAGUUGUGAUUUCUGGUUCGACACUGAGCUGGUCCGGCCUCGCGCCCAAGCCACUCGCGCUUCUGUCGCCGUGGCGCCAGACUUACGGAAAGUUCAAACUGUGAUAGAACUUGAUUUUUGAUGAAUCAGAAGCCUUGUGUUUUCUUUCUUUCUUUCUUUCUUUCUUUCUUUUUUUUAAUUACAACCCUUCAGUGAUUGGCACCCCCACCCCCAAACCCCCCCAAGCCUUACAAGGAGGGGAGGAGGUGUGUUCUGUCUGUCAGAGGAGAGCCAACGUGUCUGCAAUAAUAAGCCCUCCAUUAUUCCCUGUAACAGAGGGAGAAGGGAGGGGAUGGGGGGAGGUGUUUUAAAAGGCUCGACACACAGUCGGACUCUCUACAUUGUAUCGUUGCUGAUUAUUGUGUUGAUGACCAACCGUUGUCCUGAAGGAUGUUUCCCUGUCAAUUAAAAAAUACAAGAUUUUUUAUUCCUGA